AAAUUAGGCCAGCCAGGCCUUAUAUUGCUGACGGAGCUCGGGUGGCCAAAAAAAGCCUGGAGUACAAGCCAACGGAGGAAGCGCAAGGAAGAGGACCGCUGCUGAAAUGGCCACCAAACUUGUGGAUCUGGUGUACUGGCGGAACAUGAGGAGGACCGGUGUGGUGUUCACCGGACUUGUGAUCGGUCUGGCCAGCAUGUUCCAGCUCAGUGCCAUCACCGUGCUCUCCCACAUCUGUCUGGGUGUCAUGUGUGUCACCUUCCCUCUCCGUCUUUACUAUAAGCUGCUGGAGCUGCUGCGCUGGAACCCUGGGCUGCACCCCUUCCAGUCGCAUCUAGAUUAUGACAGCUCUCUGACAGAUAAGGACACUGUGAUGCUGGUGGAGGAGGUGGUGUUGCUGAUUGCAUUUGCAGUUACAGAGAUCAAACGCCUCCUUUUCAUCGACAGCAUGAUCGAGUCUAUUAAGUUUGUUUUGCUCCUGUAUCUGUUGACCUAUGUCGGUCUCCUAACCAACGGACUGACUCUUGUCAUUACUGCUGUCAUCGCUAUUUUCUCCUUUCCAUUGUUGUACAAGAAGCAGCAGGUGCGGAUAAGGAGGAUGGUUAGAGUGAUCAAAGCUUUUGUAAAGAGAAUCAAAAACAUGUUCCUCAGUGUGUAUAAUUUAGUGAGACCCUCUGCUGCCCCUGCCCCAAAACCUGCACCUGCGGCUGCAGCUGCCGCCAAACAGAAAACCAAGUCAAAAUAACUUGUUUUGUUGCCUGUUGAACGUACCGAGGAUUUGAGAUUUGGGAAAAAUGUUGGAAUGGUACAUCCUCUGUGGGGCCGCUGGAGGAGAAGCUCUCUUCCAUUUCUGCACUGCCAUGUUUGUUUAUGGGAGCAAGGUUUAAUCAAUCCUGACAGCUGAAACAAAGCUGCCAUUCACUCAAGGACAGGAAGGGGAAAUGUAUGAGGAAAGGAAUUUUAUUUACAGAGAUGCUUUGCUGGCAGGGUUUAGUAUAACCAGUUCACACAGUCAUACCCAAGCAGGGACAGCACAGAAUAUCACCUUUUUUUUUCCUUUGAUAUCAUGUCUUUUUAACAUAACUAGUGAGCACUGUGUUCCUGUUGAGCUGCAAAAUUAUUCAUAACGAAGCAACGAAGCAUUACUGCUGCUUUCAUUAUUUAGCAUAAUUUAUUUUUAGUUGAAUAGAAAAAAACUGACAUAAGCAUCACCUGCCGUUGAUUAACAUGAACAGUUUAUUACCUGCUGUUGAAGUACGCACAACUUUCUCAGCAGCAACUGCUUACAACUUUCAUGAGACUUACUGUCCUCUGCACUUCAUGCAAACUGCAUCAGACUUCCAGUUUAGUGGCAGGAACCUCAGCUGUCCUGCACUGACUCCAACUCAAUUUGAAAUCAUUAACGGCACAAAAAUAUGUUGCUUUCUGGCACAAACAGAAGCAGCUUUUUACUUUGCAGGUAACAGCAGGUAACAGCCGCCUGCUGUGGCCCAAAACUGUCAAGCUAUGCAGCAGAAAACUGAAACAAUGAGCUGAAAGAUGCUAAAAUGCUCAAUAGUGCUGAGUCAAACUGCAGAGUUGGGUGAUAACUCUCAUAGUCUUAGAAUACUUUGUUAAUAUAAAAAUUAUAUGUAUUAUAUUAUUUAUCAAGUGCAUUAAGACUGUCAGUGUAUUUCUCUCUUAUUUGUCAAGUUGCUCUUUCAACGACACGAAAUGCCACUAGGUUAUUAUGUUCAGCUACAUUUGUUCUCAUCGUUCACCUUUAGUUUUACUCUUACAUAACUAUGUCUAACUACAUAACUAUUACUGUCUCAUUGGGGAUACACCACCUCCACCCUGUUUCAGUUGCAUAACUGUGUGAACAAGCUGCACCAUAAACUGCCAUCAGAGGACGUUUCAAUAGGUAAAACUGCAGAUUUUAUUUUUCUAAAAUAUGUAUCGUCAUCAGACAUUAGACAAAAAGCCAGGAAAUCAGUGGGUCACUAGACUCUUCUUUCAAGGCCGUGUCUUGCUUCCAAAAACAAAUGAACAAAUUAAGCAACCUCACAAAAUGGUGCUGACAGCUUGAGAAGAGAGGAGUGCUUGAGGGGCAGUUUGACAAGGAGUUGAAGGCCACUGGUAAAUACAAAAUCCACUUUAGGAAGACAUUCAAUUACUCAGACCACUUACAAUGUAGUUUCACUUGUUUCAAGAAUGUUUGGGAAAGGCUCGAAAUCCAUAAAAGAAUAAUGCAUUGAGAAAAUUAUGUUUAACUCCAAAAGUCUCUUUUUGAUAGUUUGUCAGUCCAUAAUUCAACAGCUAUUCGCUUGCACAACUCCAAAUCAACAUUUUGCAAAUCAACCAAACAAUGUGAGAAUGUCGUCAUAGGUUAAUGAUGAACCUUUGUUUUUACUGUAACUCAAUACACUUCAGUUGUGACCUGAUGUGGAGAGUUGCACUUGUCCCUGUAACUUGCUAUUGGCUAUUUGGACAUUUAAACUUCACCUGAUUUCUCUCCAGCCUCCAGUUGAUAAAUUAUCGCCCCUGCAAACUGUGACAACAGCUGAAAGACUUACAAACGGCUAUGGACAGAUGAGAGUUGGAUGUGUGCCAGUUUGAUAAAUCUUCCAGUACUUUACACAAUCAUGAAUAGAUAAUGACAGAAGUUUCAAUAUUGGGUCAAAUGUUCCUUUACCCUAAGAAAUGUAUGGUUUUAGCUGCCAAACCUGAGCCAUUAAACUGCAAGCAGUUAUUUCAGUACAGCAGUGUAGCCACCAAGCUACUGUUAGCAUGUCGGAGUAUUGUCGGUGACCGUGCCGUGCUCUCUAGUGGUUGUUGUUUCAGAACUUAAAAUGAAGCUGCGCUCAUACUAACAUGUCUUAGUGAGCUUAUUUACUUAUUUACUGUAAUUUCACAUUAUGAUCCCAGGUUUAAGCAGCAUUUGGACCCCUGCUGAUAUCACAAAGAGGGCUUUAGUAGUUUCAGUACGUCAUCAAAAAAUAAAAGGGUCAGUGCACAUAUUAUGAAAAAAAAUGAAGCAAAAAAAACAUUGUCUUAUUCAAUCAAAAUUAUCUGCAGAUGAUUUUGUUUUAAUUUGCAGAGAAAACACUUCAACAGUUUUUGUUAUUAGGAAGAAAUAGUCCCUUAGAAAAAAAAAGUCUUAAGAUUAUCCAAAGGAACAGUUUCUGAUUAAAGACAUUGCUGUUGAAUCGUGUACAUGUUAAAAGCUCCACAAACAAAAUCCCAUUCACCUCCAUUGUAUAGGGGUGGCAGCAGAUCGACAUUGCAGUAACUAGGAGCAUAAAACCAAAACUACCUGCAUCACUACUACUAAAAGAAAAAGUGAAAAAAUGUAAUUUGGGUGAACUGACCCUUUAACCAAUGCAACCGUUUACUGUAGUACCAGCUCACAUUAUAGUAGUAGUAUCAGUGCAAUAUUAGUUUUACUACCGACUUUUGGCUGUUGAAUUGAAUCUUUGUGAUCUUAAUACAACUGUCAAAUGUGCAACAAACUAAAAGCGUAAUUGUGGUCUUAAAAAAUGGUCUGUUAUAGUUGUCACUGUUACCUUUUGUUUUUGAUUUACUUAUUUCUAUAGGUAUUUCCUAUUUUUUUAUUGUCCUUUUCCUAUUCUUAUGUUGAUCCCCAAUAAAAUGAUUAUUUUCAAAAAUGAA